ACACACACUCACACACACUCACACACACUCACACACAGGCCUAGUGUCAUCAGGGAGCCACGCCCACACAUACGCAUGAGGAAAUCAGGAGAAACGAAACUAAAGUACUUCUGUUUCUCUGUGUCCCUUUAACUCUUUCACCCCGUGCAAAUGGCAGACCAGCAGGACCCAAGCGUGUGCCCUGUUUGCCUACAGGACUCGCAAGAUAAGAGCUGCCCUCAGUGUAAAAAGGCGUCCACAUCUGGGACAGAUCAGGAUGAAGCUGUUGCUUCAGUUGCAGAGAGUCUGGAGAGGACGGGACUUCAGACAGACACCUCUGUGGACGUCAGAGCUGAAACUGGAGACGUGGAGUGUGACUCCUGCACUGUGAAUAAAAAGAAAGCCAUUAAAUCAUGUCUAGUGUGUUUGGCCUCUUACUGCGAGACUCACCUCAGGAUACACAACGACCUGAGCGCAGGGAAGGCACAUGGUCUGGUGGACGUCACGGGGCAUCUGCAGGGGAAGAUGUGCAGCCAGCAUGAAAAACUUCUGGAGGUUUACUGCCGCACUGACCAGCAGUGUAUUUGUUACCUCUGCAUGCUGGACGACCACAAAGGUCAUGAUGUGGUCUCAGUCGCCAUAGGGCGAGAAGAGAAAGAGAACCUGAGUCAGGCCACAGAGGAAGAAGGAGACAGGAUCUUCACCGAACUUUUCAGCUUUAUACGGAGAAGCCACACAGAGAUGAUUGAGCUGGUCCAAACUCAGAUGACCACUGAAAUGGACCGAAUCCAUGGACACAUGGAAGGUCUGGAACAGGAGAUCUCUGAGCUGAAGAGGAAACAGUCCGAGCUGGAACAGCUGUCACACACUGAUGAUCACAUCUAUUUCCUCCAGGAGGUCCAGUCCCGCUGGCCCAAUUCUCAGUCUGAGGACUUCCCCAUCCUGACCGCUAACCCACAGUUCUCUUUCGGAGAAGUCAUCAAAUCUCUCUCUUCACUAACCACACAAAUAGAAGACAUUUGGAGACUGGAGAUAAGCAGGAUAUGCUCAGCAGUGAAAACUGAGAAGAUCUUACUGCCAUCCGAACCUAAGACGAGGGAGGACUUCCUCCAAUUUCUGGUUCCGUUGAGUCUAGAUCCAAACACGGCACACAAGAACCUCUGCUUAUCAGAGCAGAACCAAGCAGUGGCCUGCAGUAAUGAGCCUCAACCAUACCCAGAACAUCCGGACCGUUUCGAAUGGUGGGCCCAGGUGCUGAGCAAGGAAGGUUUGACCGGACGCUGCUACUGGGAGGCUACCUGGACGGGUCAAUAUGGUGUUGACAUUGCAGUCACCUACAAAGACAUCAACAGAACCGGGCAAGACGAUACCAGUGGGUUUGGGUACAACAGAUACUCAUGGAGUUUGGACUGUUCCAUAUUCAGAUACGCAUUAGUGCACGAUAACAAGGAAAUGGAAAUCGCUGUACCCUCGUCCCACCGGAUCGGGGUGUAUCUGGACCACAGAGCAGGACUUCUGUCCUUCUACAGCAUCUCCGACUCCAUGAUCCUCUUACACAGAGUCCAGACCAGGUUCACCCAACCUCUUUAUCCAGGAUUCGGACUCUUUCAGGGCUCAACUGCGAAAUUUCGUGAACCGGACAAAGAAGCAUCGCCGCAAUCAACUGAGAGACGUUUACGUCUACUGAAACCGAAAAUACAUUCACAGAGAUGUAAGACUCAUUCGCAGAACACCACAAAAAUAUGUUCAACUCCAAGCGACAGAAACAAAUUAACAGUCAAGAGAAGCAAGAGGUAAAAUACAAGUCUGCAAGAAAUCCAGAAAACAUGGGGAAGAUGACGGCAUUUGGAGCGCAAACUUGGAAAAUACAGGAAGGUGGUGAAGAAUUACCAUCAAAAGUCAGAACUUGUGUUUGACUCAAGUUAAACCAUAAAACGCAGCAUUAAAUUUGUUCUUUUCACAUGGCUUUUUGUUAACAUUCGUGACACUUUAGGGAAUACUGUUCUGCAUUGACAACUGCAUUGCAUUGACCUGCUUGAAGGAAUGUUCAUUUACAUUUGUAUUAAAGCUGAAGUGUGUCAUUUCUGCGCCACUAGCGUCACCAAACAUAACUGCAAAAAUAAACAUUGUUUUCAAACA